UGCUUUGAAUCUCCGUCUUCUUUCGUCUCUCUCUUUCUACUCUGUUCUGCAACGAUGGAGCAACCACCAGAUCGGCAAAAUCGACCAUGGAGAUUCUCCACCUUCGUCUACUCUUCUUCGAUCUCAUUCCUUCUCCUUUCUAUACUCAUACUCUCCUUCACCACCACCGAUCUCUACAAAUCCCAAACUCUCAGACUCACCUUCACCGCUCAUCGCAUCAUCAACACCUAUCUCCAACCUCUCUUCUCCAAACCCAAACCAGCGUCACCUCCCUCCCACUGCGUGUUAUGGAUGGCUCCUUUCCUUUCGAGCGGAGGCUACAGCUCAGAAGCAUGGUCCUACAUCCUAUCACUCCACCGCCACAAUCUCGGAAAAAACCCUAAGUUCCGAAUCACGAUCGAGCACCACGGCGAUCUCCAAUCGCCGGAGUUCUGGAACGGUUUAGCGAAAGAGACGAGAGAGCUCGCCAUCGAAAUGCACGAAACGGAGUGCAGACCCAACGAGACGAUCGUCGUUUGCCACAGCGAGCCCGGCGCGUGGUAUCCACCCUUGUUCGAGACGCUUCCUUGUCCUCCUCCUUACGGUUACGGAGACUUUAGGGCUGUGAUUGGGAGAACGAUGUUCGAGACCGAUAGAGUUAAUGGCGAGCACGUGGAGCGGUGUAACAAGAUGGAUCGGGUUUGGGUCCCUACUGAGUUUCAUGUCUCUUCGUUUGUGGGAAGUGGUGUUGAUUCUUCAAAGGUUGUUAAGAUUGUGCAGCCUGUAGAUGUUGACGUGUUCGAUCCUUUAAAGUAUGAGCCGUUGGAUUUGGUGGAGAUUGGGGAUUUGGUUUUAGGCUCUGGAGGGAGAGGUUUAGGGUUAGGGUUUGUGUUCUUGAGUGUGUUUAAGUGGGAGCAGAGGAAAGGUUGGGAUGUGUUGUUGAAAGCUUACUUAAGAGAGUUCUCUGGUAAAGACAAUGUUGCUCUGUUUCUGUUGACAAACGCUUAUCAUUCGGAUAGAGACUUCGGGAACAAGAUUGUGGAUUUUGUGAGAGAGUUGGAUCUUGAAGAGGGGGAAGGUGGUUACCCUUUUGUUUACGUGAUUGAUAAACACAUAGCGCAAGUUGAUCUGCCUCGGUUGUACAAAGCGGCUGAUGCGUUUGUGUUGCCUACGAGAGGGGAAGGAUGGGGGCGGCCGAUUGUGGAAGCCAUGGCGAUGUCUUUGCCUGUGAUUGCGACGAACUGGUCUGGACCGACGGAGUAUCUGACGGAAGAGAACGGUUAUCCGCUUGUGGUUGAGGAGAUGAGUGAAGUGAUGGAAGGUCCUUUUGAAGGGCAUCGAUGGGCGGAGCCGUCUGUGGGUAAGCUUAGGGUGCUUAUGAGGCGUGUGAUGAGUGAACCUGAUGAAGCGAAGGUUAAAGGGAAGCGUGGAAGAGAGGACAUGGUGAAGAAGUUUGCUCCUGAGGUUGUGGCUAAGGUUGUUGCGGAACAAAUCGAGAGGAUCUUUGAAGAGAAAACAAGAACAUGACAUGAUCUCACACUUUGCUCUAGAUCAAAUAAGGAAACAGAGUGAACAGUGAUUUCUCAUUAGGAUUAUUCAAGAAUCAAACAUACUGUAUAUCAAGAACAGCUUAUUCUCAAGUUUCUGUUUCUUUUUACUAUAGAUGAGAAGCGAAAGGUGACAGGACUUUGCUUAUGUACUGACUUCUUGAAAUUCACUGCCUGAAAUAAGGAUAAUAGAAGAUGAUGA